UGGCACACAGAGGCUGCGUCAGAUUGUAGGCAACCCUCAUUCAUUCGUUCAUUUCAUAUUGUAUUAUUCUACAGUCAAUAUAUUGUGCUAUCAACAAUGAGCGACUCCACUCUCUCUCUCUCGUCACACCUGAACGAGCAGCGUCCACGCAUGCGCACCACUCUCCCUACGCACUCGCGCUCAACCGGUGUCCGGGAGAAAGCUCGUGCCAGUUUUACGGGGUAGGUCGGUGGGAGAGGUCUACUCUGUGAGCGUGUGUAACACUGGCACGGGAUCCGUUUCUUCUAUACCGAACAACAUUCUCCUCGGUUUUGACUAGGAAUAUAUCUACGUGUGCAUGCUCCGAUUUAACGGCCUCAACCAGACUAUCCAGUCUGAUCCCUCAACUUUGCCUCACUCCCCUUUCCUUGCUUUGACCAAUCAGCAGCUGGGAUGCAUGUGAUGAGCAGAAUCACUCCAGCCAAUGAGAAAAGAGUUUCCAGAAAGUGGAUGCGUUUGAAGUUAUGUCUCUGCCCCCUGCCUCUACAAUUCCCGUCCCUGAUGGCAACAAGACGGGACCUCCUCUCCCCCCUCCUCCUCCCCCCUGCGGUCCUCCUCCUCCCCCACCUCCCCCACCCGGGGUGGUAGACCCCGUAGGAGGGAUAAAGAAGAGGAGGGUCCGGAGCUUCUUCUGGAAACCCAUACCUGAAGACCAGGUGAAGGGGCGGGCCAACCUGUGGACACAGCUUCCUGUGCAGCAGCAGCAGUACUACAUAGACGUCCAGACCAUCGAGGAGCUGUUUAGUCAGACGGACUGCCAAUCAUCUGGGGUUACCUCUGUGACUAGGGGGGGGAAGGCCCGAGGCUCCCUCAGAGAGACCAAAGAUGAGAUCAGUAUCCUGGACUGGAAGAGAGGGAUGAAUGUGGGAAUUUACCUCAAACAGUUCAAGAAGUCCAACCAGGACAUAAUAGAGGAUAUUCGCUAUGGCAACAGUCAUUCAUACGGAGCGGAGCUUCUUAAAGAGCUGCUCAAACUACUACCUGAGACUGAAGAGGUGAAGAAACUUAAAGCGUUCCGAGGCGAUCCCUCUAAACUCUCAUUGGCCGAUUCCUUCAUGUUCCUGCUCACCCAAGUGCCCAGUUUUGGGGUGCGUAUCAAGGCCAUGGUACUGAGAGAAGAGUUUCCCCCAGCCUGUGAGAACAUGAGUCGCGACAUCGCUGUCCUACGAACCGCCACAAAAGAGCUCCUGGUCUGUGAGGAGCUUCAUGCCAUCCUACACCUGGUGCUACAGGCUGGAAACAUCCUCAACACUGGUGGUUAUGCUGGUAAUGCUGUGGGUUUCAAGCUGUCCUCUCUCCUGUCUCUGGCUGACACCAAGGCCAACAAACCUGGCAUGAACCUGCUGCACUUUGUAGCUCUGGAAGCACAGAAGAAGGAUGAUAAACUUCUAGAGUUUCCUGGAAAACUUCAGCAUGUCCAGUAUGCAGCACGGAUAUCGGUGGAGAACGUAGAUGCAGAGUUCCAGUCGCUGUCGUCUCGUAUAUGCUCAGUAGAGGAGAGCAUCCAGGGAGAGACAGAGCUGCUGCUGCAGCUGGACCAGUUCCUACAGAAUUCGACAGCAGCCCUGGUUGAGUUGCGAAGGCAGAGACAGGAGUUAAGGAACGAAGGGAACAAUCUGAUCGACUUCUUCUGCGAAGACAGAGAGUCCUUCAGGCUGGACGAGUGUUUCAAAGUGUUCCAAGACUUCUGCCUGAAAUUCCAGAAAGCAGUCAAGGACAACCUGGAGCGUGAGCUGAAGGAGGUGUCUCGUCGUCGGAUACAGGAGCUCGAGGAGAAACGCCACUCGUGGGCGGGCGGAGAGGAGGUGGGCGGGGUCUUCGGAAUGCGCAGCAGCAGCGAGACGGACAUAGAGGUGGCUCUUUCCCAGGAGGAAGGGCUCAUCGAGCUUCUCAAGUCCCGCCCAUGCUCGCCGCACAGCCCCAAGAAUGCACUGGGGCGUUCCGGAAGCGUCCGCCGUUCUCGCGGUUCUGCAUCUGCAGCGGCUGACCGUCAGCUGACUAGCCUGCUAACUCUAGGCAUCACCUCUGACGUUAAGGUCGUAGGGGGGUCACCGAAUCCCGGGCGCCGACUGUGGAGGGGGGCCGAGCAGCGGGAUUCCUCCCCCAUGAGGUCACCUGAAACUGGGCUGAGGAGUCCAAACAUCUCCCCUCUGAACCGGCUUCAGACCCAGGGACCUGCGGGUCACACUCAACCCCAGAAUCAGCACCCUCAGGUAGACUGGCCUGGUCCACACUCACCUUCCUCUAUACCCACCUCCUUAGGUCCGAGGUACAGUCACCAUAAACCUCAACCUGGCGUCAACUCAAAUCACAGCCCUCAGACAGCAACCACAGACCACAAACCUGGCACAGACCUGAACCGGACCACUGACCCUGACAACAACCAGAAACAACCCAGUAGUCUGACCGCCAACCUUGAACGACACAAUCUGGUUCCUAAGCUACAAGCGUUCGACCUCGUCUUGACCCCACACGGUCACGACCUGGGAGAUGUCGUCACCGACACAGACCUGGAGAAGGACAUUCCCAGGGACUCUAACCUCACGGAUACACAGAAGAAUUCCCAAGGGCGUUCUGAGGGGUGGGAACAGAGGGAGGAAGAGGUGGAUGGGAAUAGUAGGAUGGUGGCUGCAGGGAUAGUGAAUGAGGAGCCUCCUGUGGGUGAAGUAGAGGAGAAGAAGGGUGUGUCUCAGACAGAGACUGAUCGAUCUCCAUCCACAGCUAUUAUAGACCUCUCCUCACACGCACAGAGCGGUGACGACCACACGCACACUGACGAGGCUGAGAGUCCAACACACCAGGUAUCCGCUUCUUCUAUGGCUGAGUCCCCAGCCAAUAGCAUGCCUUCAGAAUCUCAACCCACAAAUGAGUACUCAGUGCCUGUGUCCACCACUGACCAGUCAGUGCCUGUCUCCUCCGAUGAGUCAUCGGUUCCAGCAGUGUCUACCUCAACCAAUGAGCUGCCUGCGUCAGUCACCGCUGGUGCCUCUGAUAGGUCAGCCCAGGGUACGAAUCCCAAGACCAGCCAGGUCUCUAAGCCUUCCAGACCCGCCUCGACCACCACCACCACCACCAGCGGGCGAAAAACUGUCAUCCGCACCCUCAACUCCUCAGAGAACCAGGGCAUGAGGCGUGUGGUCCCUAUCUUCAAGGCCAGUCGACGUGGCUCGAUCCCGGGUAAACAGGUGGAGAAACCCCCUGGUCACCAGAGCUCUGGUCCACGGACCACCACCACCACCACCACCUCUAGCCCAGCCAACCGCUCUCUUAGACGGGCAGAGAGGAGCUCCGCCACACCCCGUCGCAAUAGCCUCCAGGUCGACGACCCCAAGGCCGUGACCACCACGGGUGUCCACGGCAGUGCCCGAGACCAACCCCAACCUUCCACCCUCCAGAGGAAGCCGUCCGUCCGAAAGCCUCUCCGCCCCGUCGCCCCCAGACCGCCUCCAGAGGAAAAGAUGUGCCGCUCCACCCUCCGAGCCCUCGCUGCCGCCGGUGGGGCUGUUCCAAUAGCGGAGGGUGGAGGAGGUAACAGCCUCAGUGCCCCCUCGACCCCCUCCCACCGUGGAGGCGUCUCCAACCCCACCCCCCUCCCUGGAUUUGCCAGAAACACGGCCGCUUCCUCUUUCAGACGGACCGCUCUCGCCCCCCCGGGGAGUACCCUCACCCCUUCUAAAAACUCCCCCCGUUCCUCCCCUGUCCCCUCUCCCGGACCGUCACCCCUCAGCCGGGCGGGGUCGUUGAGACACCACAGGGUGACCCCCGCGGGCCCCCCAGGCACAGACAACCCCAUCAGGAGAACACAAAGUAUCAAGGGACCCCUCCGCGCCCCGAUCCCCAACUCCCUGCCCCCACAGACCCUCCCUGACUCGCUGGCGCAGCCUAAAGGGCAUGCAGGUAAAAACAGCAGCAGUUUCUCUGACAAGUCCACCCACUACAGAGACUUCAGUAAAGCACUGAAACCCACCUGGAGAUAGAGGCCUAGUUCCAAUACCGACAACAUACUUCCUUUUCUCUGGCCUAGUUCCAAUACAGACGACAUACUUCCUUUUCCCCGGCCUAGUUCCAAUACUCACAACAUAUUUCCUUGCUUCCUUUUCCCCGGCCUAGUUCCAAUACAAACUACAUGUCACAUCAAUUAUCUUAUGUUCUCCAGAUCUACAGGGUCGAGUCUUUCAAAAUUUAUAGAAAUAGAAUUAAAGGACUUUUUAAAGAUGUAAAUUAAGUCUAGAUUUGUAUUUUUGUGAUCGUGAUUUAUCUAUCUCUAUCUUAUAAUGUUGUCAUUGUAUGAAAGAAACCUUUCUACGUCCCAAAUAGCCCUCUAUUCACUUUAUAUUCACCUUUAUUCACCUUUAUCCAGGGCCCAUAGGGCUAUAGUGCACAAUGUAGGGAAUAGGGGUCCAUUUGGGACAGAUCCAUGAGUAAGUUUGAUCUAGCUGUGUUUUCUGUAAAGCCUGUUCCCAAAUUUGUUUGUUUGUAUUAGACCAAGUCCCCUGAUUUAUCAACUGUCAUGUCCCGGGCCUGUAUUCAUAAAGCCUCUCCUAGUAGGAGUGCUGAUCUGGGAUCAGGUCCCCCCGUUUGUUUAUAUCAUCUUAUUCAUUGGCUGCAUUAAAAACAGGCAGCCCAAUUCUGAUAUUUUGCCCAGUCAAAAGACCAAUUAUUGCCAAAUAGAUCAGAAUUGGGAUGCCUGUGUAAACGCAGGCCAUCGUGAUCUAAAAUACUAACCUGAUUCUAGAUCAGCACUCCUCCUCGGAGAUGCUUUAUGAAUACAGGCCCAGGACAUGUUGGCUGAAGCACAAACUGAUCUGGGACCUGGCUAUAUCGUUUUUUUUGUAUAUUUGAUUAAUGAUACAAUGAAUAAACGUGUACACUUUAA